AUGAACUCCCCAUACGGCAUGUAUAAUAUCCCUCGCCGUCCAGUCACCAGCGCCGCCUCGCCUGGAGAUCCGCCACCGCCGUACUCGUGUCUUCCUGAGCCACCGCCACCGCCGCUGCCGCCUCGCCUGCUGCGGUCCAGCAAGUCGGCCACGGGUCUACACGAACCGCCCAACUUUCAGCAACAAAAUCCCCAUCAUCAUCAGCAGCAACAACACUUUUUACACCCAGAGAGACCGCCUCCAUGCCCCCUCUCCAAGGACAGGCAGGCGGUCACGCUGCCCCCUGGCUUCGUGUUUGACCACGCACCAUCAUCAUCAUCAUCCUCAUCACCGUCGCCGCCGCCGCUGCUGCUGCCGGGCAAUGAUGCUCUCCGCCGGGCCAAGAGCUCCGGAGAUUUGCGCCGCCCGCAGACGGCCAACGGCGCAGAGCCCGCUGCCACUGAGACGGCGGCGUGGUCGUGGAAAAGAGCGUUCGAUGAGGCGCAGUACCUCGCCGGCGGACUCAUCGGCAGCCCCGCGGAAUCAAACAGACACUGCAGCAUCAUCCGGCACUCGAGCGCCCUGGUGUGGUACCGCGGGCCAGCCACCACCGUCACCGUCACGAUCCUGGCCGACGAGCCGCUGCCGCCGACGCGCACUCUGUGGCUCCAGCAAAAGGGCUUCUCCGGCGGCCUGGGCAUGUCGCUCAAGGCCAUGGUCGGGACCACAAGCGACUGGCUGGACGUGACGCCCACGACGCGCGCCGAGGCCGCGCACUUGGCCGUCAACGAGGAGCGCGGCGUCCAGCGCGACUUGAGGCGCUUUCUGAACAAGGCGACGGGGAGGACGACGAGGCACCUGCCGCGGGAGACGCACAUUGUGCGGAUCCCGGCCGCGGCGCAGGACGGCUACUUUCGCAUCGUGCUAUGUCCAGCUCAGGACGGCAAAAAGAUACUGGGGAGCAGCCCCGUGUUUCGGCUCGCCAGCACGUCGGCCGACGUGAGCGUGAUGCGCGGCGCCAGCCUCGGCAGCAUGCCGCUCGAAGUCGGCGCCAAGGUAGCCAGCGCCGUAGCCAGCGGCUACGUCGCCGCGGCGACCGGAGCGGCCGCGGGCGUCGCGAGGAUGGGCGCCGGCAAAGUGGCCGGCAAGGUGACGAGCGUGGCGGCCAAAAAGGUUGCCAAGAAGGCGUACCGCGGCUACGAAACGUCGGGCUUCAACGACGCGGUCAAGGCCAGCUGGGCGACUAGCACGGCGGCGCGAUACGAACGCGCCGUGUCGUCGGCCAUGAUGGAGCCGACGGUGGGUGUCAUUGGCAGCGAAGAGGGCCCGGAGGCGCCGUUUCCGAUAAAGUGCACGGGUCGCGUGGUUCAGGGCUCCGGGUACACGCUGGCGCGGUACGGCUUCCCGACGGCGAACCUGGUCGACGUGCCCAAGGAUCUGACGAUGCAUCUGACGGGCUCGUUUGCGUCGUGGGUGCGCGUCAUCUCUGGGCGGAUGAAAGACGAGGACGAGGACGACUUGGCAUGGUACGAGGCGGUCACCACCAUAGUCCCCGCGGAGAACGCGGCGCCGAGCGUCGUGGCCAAGAACCGCGUCGCCGUGCACAUCCUCCACGACCUCGAGGCCGCAGAUCUACGCGGCGCCUCGCUGCAAGUUCUCCUCAUGGGAUUUCUGCGGCCGCCGAGCGGGACGACGGCCAACGACGACGACGACGACUUGGACGCUGCGCUGCAGCGGCACGCGGAUGAUUUGCUGACGACGCUGGCGACGCUCGCGCGAGACCGGUGGCAGCCGCGGUUGACGGUGGAAGGAAUGAGGACGGCGCGCGCAAGCGACAGGACGUGGGGGCAGCGGCUGGACGGCGUGACGGGGACGGUGGCGGCGAGCAUGGACAGGGUGCCGGUGCAUCGCGCGGGGAUACGCAGCGAGGCAGGGGCGCUGAGGGAUGCGAGUGUAGGGAAAGGGGGGCUAUGGAUUCAGAGAUGA